GAUAGGUUGAAGGGUGCCAUAGACUCUGACGACAGUGGUGUUUUCUUUCCUCGGGGGCAUCAGAGCUAGGAUGCUGCGUCGUCGCGCUUUCCUCUGAAGAAUACACGCUCUCACUACACCACAAAGGUAACCACAAUGUCGACAGGCUACGAAAACAGCCUCACCUCGCCCCUUCGGCUGCCGACCUCCUCCAAGUAGCCGACCUGCCUAAGGUGCACUCUUCUUGUCUCGACCUCGCCAGGUUCCACCAUGUCGAGUGAUGAUGCGAAAGAAGUUCUUGCUAUGCAGGACCCGGUUGUCCAGCAGCUCCUGCGUGGCCCAGUCAAUCAUGGCGUCCUGAUCCCGCUCAAAACCAAUCUCGAGCUGGGAGACGAUCACAUAUGUGGCCGAAUCCUCAUCACGCGCAUGCCAGUUAAAUGUGCAAACCCCGCCAUCAGCCUUCUGCGCAGCCUGCUUCCUGAGGACAUUGUUAAGGGCCUUCCUCAUCUACGCCGGUGCGCAAAGCCAUAUGACUUGCCUGUCCACCUCAGGACCAAGUUCAUGAACGAGAACCCGCAGAGCAGACAGAUACACACUGGCAAAUCGACCUGGAUCUACGUCAUAAUAGGCCCUGAGCAGCCCCUUUCGCGGGACGAGAUUGCCAAGGCAUUGUCCACCAUUGAAGGGCUGGAGGAAGAUGUCUUUAUACGGAGUGUCCCGGUGCCCAUGGUAGCACCUACAUCCCAGGUCCAGGCAGCCAUGUGGACCCAGCAGUUCUGGCCCACUGUCUACCGAAAAAACAACCCACUGGGGCCCCACCCCUCCAUGGUAUCCCGCUCUACCGACGAGAUCACGAAUGAUGCUACCAUCUGGAUGGCCUUGGCACACCGGGUUGCUCAACAGUCCAGGGAUGCUGGUUACGGAGAGGCUAUUGGAGCUUGCAUUGUGCACCGAGAUGGGGAGAAGACUUCGGUUGUCGCACUGGCUGCCGAUGCACGUUGGCAGUAUGGACGAGGAAAUGCAGGUGACAAGGGCAACCCCAUGGCCCAUGCCGUCCUCCGAGCUAUCAGCAUGGUUGCACAGAAGCUGGUCCGCUGCGAGAAGAGAGAGCAGGGGGCCCAGCCACCUGUGUUGGAGUUUGAGGCAUUCCAGGAUGAGCCGAUCCUUGCCGACGAAAAGAUGGUUUUCGACACGGAGCACCCCAGCCCAAAUGGCUAUCUCUGCCAUGACCUGGAGCUGUAUGUUACUCAUGAGCCCUGUGUUAUGUGCUCCAUGGCCAUCCUCCACUCCCGAAUGGGCAGGGUCGUCUUCCGGCACCGGAUGCCCCUGACGGGUGGGCUCUGUGCCGAGGACCGCGGCCAUGCUCAUUCUCACCCGGCUGGGCCACAAGCUGGACGUGGUUUGGGAUUAUUCUGGCGCAGAGAGCUGAAUUGGACCUUGCUUGGAUGGGAGUGGGAAUCAGCAGGCUUUCUAAAGCCUCUGCUGGUCGACUAUGAGGUUCAUGCCUAGGAUUCACGACUGCCUUACGAGUUUACGACACUCUCCCCUACUUGCAAGAUGGAAGAAGAAAAACGGCCAAGAAGAAAAAGAGGAAAAGGGAACAGGAAAGACACAAAUGAGACGAACACGGGGAACUAGAUGGUCGUCUCUUGGAGUUGGCAUUGUUAGCACCGCAUUUGGAGGCAUGGAAAAUGUACUCAUGAUUGGCGUUUACGGGGAGGGGAGCAUGCCCUGUUGCAUUUCGCACGAGCUGCCCUCACUAAACCGCUCGCCACUUUGCUCAGGCAUAACUCAGGACAUGGUCAGGAGAGUUUGUCAUAAAUAGUUAAGAUGAGUGGCAGUGCUCUGCGACUUGGUGGAGUUAUGAAAUCGGAAAAUGUCAACUUUUUAACGAGAACUCUGAUAUGGAACAGUUUUGGCACCUGGAUUCAGAAGGAGC